GCCCUGUCACGACCCGCUCAGCGCGUCCCGCACUCGUCAGACGUCCUCCGCUCGAGCCAGCGCAUCAACCGCCUGCCGCAUUUCGUGUGGGUGCUAAAAGCCCAUUAUCCCCAUCAUGGCCCGCUUCCUCCUCCAUUGCACGCCUCACAUUGCUGAAGAACCUCAUUCGCCUUUAUAUCGUCCGCGUUUCAGUAGUCAGCUAUUCUAUUUUUGCUUCCUACAAGACCACCACAUCUGCCACCAAAUACUACCUUAACAUGGCCAAUAUCUAUAUAAAUAGUAGUAGUAGUGCCUAUGCGAUACCGGAACAGGCGAAACUGGACUUCUGGGUCAACAACGCCCACCUCACUGAGGAGGAGCGCCAGGCAGCUUGGUUACACGGCCCCCUCUACCAAAGCCAUGGCUUCGACAACCCCGCACAGCCAUCGAUGGCCCACCAGACCCCAAGGACGAUGCCAAACAGCAUGUCGAACUUGACACAACUUCCUAUGGACCGCACCCAAUCCGCCCCGGCCUCCCAACCCAGAUCCACCACCAUCCCCGAGAGCAACAAUCUCCAACGCUCAGCAAGCGACCUCACCAUCUGGUCAGCGACAUCCAACGAGACGAGCGACUAUGCACUCUACUCGGAGCAAUCGAUGCGGAACCAGGCCAGCCUUCAGGCCAUUCCUGAGGCUACGGUUGAGUACACCCCUGGUGACUACGUCAAUACUUGCAUUGAGCAGGCUUCAUCGCCUUCAGUCCCCUUUCAUAACAUGCACGUGCAACUAACCCCCCAAUGGUGUCAAUUAUCAGAUUGCUCCACAUCACCCAGCACACCUCAGACUGCGCUGAUGACUCCUGUUACUCAAUCUAGUAACGCCAUGAGUCGUCAAAGCAGUCUGAACACCUCUUUCCUUGAUGAAACUUCUCUGCGCGUUCAGUCUGAUUUGUCUUACAUGCCUAUCCUCCCUGAGGAUAGCGCACUUUCCUUUCCUUCUUGCUACGAUGGAUCGAAAUUCGAUUCUAAUUUCCUUGCCUUCACUGGUCCUGCGGCCAGUGAAACUGUCGUUUUUCCUGUGUUUUCUGUUCCUGCUUCAAUGGCAAGUGUGCAAGCACUUGCCGCUUCUUCCGGACAACAUCAUCAGAACGAGUCGCACCUGGCGGAGGAUAUGCGGAGGUCGACAUCCCACUCGUCCGAGAGCAACGCGAGCGACGCCUCGGCGCCGUCAACUUGCUCCCGGCAAUCGCGCCGCGAGCGCGAAAUCAAUGCCGCGGCUGCGUCGCGCCCGCUUGCCCCUAAAGCAAGCGAGCCACAUGCGGAGGCCUUGUCUAAGCCAUCCAAUGCUCAGAUGGCGCGGAUAAGGUCCGAAGACGGGUCUUCCAAGACCGUAGGUGUGAUCUCUAAAACACCAUAUGUCCGCCCCCAACACCCUAAGAUCAUGUGUCAGCACUGCGACGAACGCCCUGACGGGUUUCGCGGCACGCAUGAACUUGAUCGCCACAUCGCGCGCGCGCACGCUGUGGUGCGCAAGGGGUAUAUCUGUGUUGCGCCGUCUUUCGACAAGCACUUUCUCGACAACUGUAAACACUGCCGCAACAAGAAAGUCUAUGGCGCAUACUACAACGCCGCUGCGCACCUGCGCCGCGCACACUUCCACCCGCGCAAGCGGGGCCGGAAGGGCAAGAAUGACGAGAAGCGCGGCGGGAUUGGUGGCGGUGACCAUCCUGCCAUGGACUGGCUGAAGCAGCAUUGGAUUCAAGAGAUGGAAGUUCCCAACAACCCGCUACCUACGUCGCCUGAGAGCGUGUCGGACAGCGCGCCUGAGACCGAAGCUGCUGGCGCUGGCUACGAGACGACGUUCGAUAUGGUUGAUGUGUCGAAACCAUCCCGCUCGACUACGGGUUGA